AUGGAGACUCUCUUAGCUGCUUCUUCAAGAUGCUCAGGCCCCAAAGCAAAGAUAUUUGCAGCUUUGCUGUCUAUGGUUCUAUGCAUAGUCAUGCUUUUUCUUCUACAACUAAAAUUUCUAAGACCUAGAAUCGACAGCUUUUAUACUUUCGAAGUGAAAGAUGCCAAAGGAAGAAUGGUUUCUCUGGAAAAGUAUAAAGGCAGAGUUUCACUAGUUGUAAACGUGGCUAGUGACUGCCAGCUCACAGAAAGAAAUUACUUAGCACUGCAGGAACUGCACAAAGAGUUUGGACCGUCCCACUUCAGCGUCUUGGCUUUCCCCUGCAAUCAGUUUGGAGACUCCGAACCACGCCCAAGCAAAGAAGUAGAAUCUUUUGCACGACGGAACUACGGAGUCACUUUCCCCAUCUUCCAGAAGAUUAAGAUUCUGGGAUCUGAAGCAGAACCUGCAUUUAGAUUUCUUGUUGAUUCUUCAAAGAAAGAACCAAGGUGGAAUUUCUGGAAAUAUUUGGUUAACCCUGAGGGUCAAGUUGUGAAGUUUUGGAAACCGGAGGAGCCCAUUGAAGCCAUCAGGCCGGAAAUAGCAGAUCUGGUUAGACAAAUGAUCAUAAAAAAGAAAGAGGACCUAUGAGAAUGUCUGUGAGCCAUUCUAGUGCAAUAGUCUCCAUAAAAUGUCUCCAUAAGAAUUUGAUCAGCCUAAAUACCCUGAACAUUCAAUGUGGCACUCAAAAUUAUUUGUUACCUUGCUCAAUUAAUAAAAAUUUCCUCCACAAUAAAGAUGUAAGCCAAUCAAACUUAAAGACCAAUCAAAGACUUUGAGUGAAAUAUAUUAUGUCAUCUAACCAUGCUAAACAGUUUUGAAGUCCUCAAUGUGUUUCAAUAUCCCCUUCUCCAAUUUGACAUUUUCUGAGAUUGUACUGCAGAAGAAUUUGACAACAAAUUCUCCACUGUAUUCAAGAGCACUGACUAAAAUUUCUGGAGCAACUCUA